AUGUCACAGAAGUCAAAUCGAUCUUUCAUUAAACGCGCAUUGAAGUCCCUCAAGUUUUUAAGGCGCUGGGCAGCCAUUGAUUCAACUUCAAAAACAUUAGACAAGAUUAGUGAGAGCUUUACUACCGCUUUUAGUAGCAACAUUCACAACACCCACCAAAACAUUCAAGACGAAAACAUUUCUUCUGCUUAUUGGAAAGCAAUUAAGGCAGUCACUGGCCUGGAAGGAAAUUUGAAGCUAAAUCACUUUAGAAAGAUAAAGAAGAUAGGCCGUGGCGGUUCAGGGACCGUGUUUUUGGCUGAAUUGAGUGACACUAAAACCUAUUUUGCUAUAAAAGUGGCAGACAGCAAUAACAUGAUAAAUGUAAGGAGAGAGAUACAAGUACUCAAGUCUUUGAGAUCUCACCCUCUUUUCCCAACCUUAUUCUUCCAUUGCCGAAAAGAUGGGAAGUCAUAUUUUGUUACAGAGUACUGUCCAGCAGAUCUUGAUAGACUUCGACACAAACAGCCGGAGCAUCGUUUUUCAGAAGAUAUAGUCAGGUUUUAUUGUGCUGAGAUUCUGUUAGCAAUCGAAUACCUUCAUAUGCUUGGAAUUGUACACAGAGAUCUCAAACCAGCUAAUGUUUUGGUGAAAGAAGACGGCCAUAUUUUGCUUACAGAUUUCGAUCUCUCCAGGCAAUUCUACGUGCAUCAUCUACUAGUUUCUAACAAUUGCAAUAAAAGUCAAAAAAGGGUUGCCGAUGUUAAGAAAACCAGAUUUCUACAUUUUGGGUCAAAGAGGAGAGGAAGAAUGAAGAAAAUAGAUGAAAUUGAGUUCACCGCAGAGCCAUGGGGUGGGCGGGCUCAUUCAUACGUGGGAACUGAGGAAUACAUGGCCCCAGAAAUGAUUGAAAAUAAGGGCCAUGGAGGUGCAGUUGACUGGUGGUCGUUUGGUGUUUUUCUGUACCAGCUUAUGUAUGGAAAAACUCCCUUUAAAGGAAAUGAUAAGGAUGAAACUCAUGAUAAUGUGGUGAAAGAGGAGUUGAGGUUCCCGGAUUCUCCAACAGUGAGCGAUGAAGCCAAAGAUCUAAUAAAAGCUUUAUUGGUGAAGCAGCAUUGGAAGCGCCUAGGGCACAGAUAUGGGGCCACAGAAAUUAAGAAACAUGCUUUCUUUCGAGGAAUUCAAUGGCCACUUGUGUUAUCUAGACCUCCACCCAAUCUACCCAAGCCAACCUUCAAAAUGGCCUUGCCAAAUGGUAAACUACACUUGCGGUGGUGA